AUGGUUGUACCAAGCAUUCACGAACAAUGUUGGGAACCGGUAACUGGUUUGGAAGAUAUCCGGAAAUGUAUUCAAAAUGGUCAUCAUGUUAUGGUAAUAAUGCGUGGCAUCCCUGGAUCAGGCAAAUCUUAUCUAGCUAGCGAUUUAAUAUCCGGAACAAAUGGUGCGGUUUUCAAUACCGACAAAUAUUUCAUGCAAAAUGGUGUGUACCAGUUCGAUCCUACCAAACUGGAUGAAUAUCAUCAGAAAAAUUGGAAGGAAGCAAAAGAUGCAAUCCAGCAAGGGGUAAAGGUAAUAAUCAUCGACAAUACGAACAUAUUUGUGGCACACAUGAAGCCUUACAUUAAUCUUGCAGUGAAAAAUUUAUAUGAAAUUUAUUUCGUAGAGCCGGAAACAGAGUGGAAGAAAAAUGCAAAGGAGUGUGCUAGGCGUAAUGCGCACUCUGUACCAGAAGAAAAAAUUGCACAUAUGGCUGAAUGUUUCGAAAAAAUCAAUUUAACUGAUGUAAUAAAACCGACGCAGUUAAGAAUAAUUCCACCGCUAGUUGGCAUAAACGAUGAAGAUGAUGUUCGCAGUUUAUUGCCAUCGGGACUGGAUUCUCCUCUAGCGCCAAGUUCUUCUCGUUUUUCAUUGCCAGAAUAUCCGGAGUAUUUGGAUGAUGUGCGAAAAGCGUAUGCUAAGAAAGAAGAAGUCGGAAGAACUGCGUCCUCACCUUCACCUGAUUCACACUGUUCAUUGUAUGAAACAGGGGAUUAUAUGAAGCUGAAAAUUCCUCUAAAUUCACUUUUGGAAAAUGAUGCUACUGACACAAAAAAAAGUUCUGAACAGCUAUUUUCUUUAAUUCCACACCAGAUACCUAAGAAGGGUCUGCGUACAGUUGGAUGUCAGACUAGUGAUUUAAUUCGAGUGUUUGAUUUAUCAGAUUCUUUGCUAUCUGUAAGCGAUGAAUUUGUCUGGGAAACAAUGCGGGGUAAUGUUGAUCUCAGUAAUAAGAAGAAAAUGAGAGCAAAAGCUACUCAGGCUGGUGACGGUAACAUUCUGCCAGAUAUCGAAUUAUUAUUAGCAUUUUUUCCGGAUGAAAAACCCUCUGACCUGUCACAUAUAUUAGAGAUAGUUGGAUUAAAUAAUGCAAUGACAUUACUAAAAGAAAUGAACGCGUACAUGGAUGUUUGUGCUCCAGUUGGAAAAAAUAAAAAUAUUGAUACGGAACCAUUAUCGCGAACAUAUUAUUGGUGGGAUGAAGCAGAGUUUGAGGAGAUCGGUAACAGCAGUUCACCAACAUUUAUACCAAAGUUCGAAAUGAAUCGAACAAUGCCCGAAAACUUGGCACCUUGCACUUACAUGCAGUGCUGUGAUCCUGAACCUGUGCCGCAAGGAUAUUACCGAAUGGCGAUAUCAGUUGAUAUGAUGGAGCAACUUACUCAACUUUUUGGUGAUAGUGAGAGUAAUUGUGUUUUAAAAACAUACGUGGACCUACCGAUCUGGCUUUGGCGUCAAAUUUAUUUUUGCUGGCAGGGCAACCCAGUUACAAAAGUGGAUGAUGCAUUUGGAGGUGAAAAUUUCGAUUUUUCUUCCCUGGUUAGUUCUGAUGAGGAAUUGGCGCGAAUGUUGCAAGAUCACGAACUGGUAUCUGAUGAAUCCUUGGAAAAUGGCAAACAUAUGAGUAUUGCUGAAAGGCUACAGUUAAGUGCAUUGAUAAAUGAUUAUUCAGGAGUUGAUCGGGAACGAAUUACGGAGUGCUUCCAUGAUAACAAAUUUUCUGCGGAGGCUACUCGUAACACUUUGGAACUUUUCGUAAAUGGCACUGAAAACAUUCCAAAAGCGCCAGGUGAUCCUUCUCAGAUUGCUUCCCAUGGUAAUUGUAGUAUGUCGGCAGCAUUUUCCCGUCAUUUUGCUUCCGAUGGAUUAUCGGUCUCAAAGCCAGAUCUAGAAUCAGCUCACAAGGAAGCAUGUGGACUACGAGAAGAAGCAGAUAAGUAUAACAAACAGAAGCAUGAAAUGUUUUUGCGGGCCAAGAGUCAUCGAGAAUUUGGAGCUAAAAUGUUUUAUUUUGCUGAGGCUCGGAAAUUCGGGAAAAAAGCAAGAGAUUGUAUAGCAGAGCUGAAUGAACAGUUGAUCAAAGCGAAUACAUCCAAUUUAUUCAUCGACUUACAUUAUAUGAAUGUUCAGUCUGCUAUUAAACUUCUCAAAGCCAAACUAAAUGCUGCAGAUAGACCGCCGGAGCUCCGACGUGGGCGGUCUGGGAAGAAACUCGUUGUUUUAACUGGUUACGGGAAACUGAACGAUGAGCAGGCAAAAAUUAAACCAGCUGUUGUUCAGUGGCUUGACCAGUGUGGUUAUGAAUUUCUAGGACCGCCGGAGCUCCGACGUGGGCGGUCUGGGAAGAAACUCGUUGUUUUAACUGGUUACGGGAAACUGAACGAUGAGCAGGCAAAAAUUAAACCAGCUGUUGUUCAGUGGCUUGACCAGUGUGGUUAUGAAUACUACAACUCAUCCAACAAAGGUGAAUUAAUUGUGGAAUGUAAAUAG